ACAUUUCAAAAUGAUGGAUGAUAAAUUACACGGUUUAUGGGAGCAAGAUUAAUAAUUAGUAAGCGUCAGUUGCAAGUACUUUAUGCAUAGUCGACUAUUGCUUUUCCUGUUGCCCACAAUGAGGGCUGUCUCAAUUGUUCUAAUUACCACCGCCUUAUGCCUCGUUCUGGUGGAGGCUGAUAUCCGCAGGGAAUGCCGCAAGCAGACUGGUGUCUCCUGGGGUGCACUGAAGAAAUUCCGGGCUGCGAAUUUCCAGCAGGACGAUAAGAAACUCAAGUGCUAUGUGAAAUGUUUUAUGAAGAAGAAUGGAAUUUUUGGGGAGAGGGAUAUUGAUAUUGAUAAGGCGCUGAGGCACCUACCGAAGGGUGUGCAGGGAACUUCGAAGAGAGUUUUGGAGAGUUGCAAGAAUGUUCCCAGCACGGAUCCAUGCGAUAAGGCCUUCCAAAUAGUUAAAUGCUUCUCUAAACAAGAACCAGAGAUACUGAGAGGUGUGCCAUUUGUGUAGACGAUGAAUGGGUGACGAAAAUUGAGAAAAAGUUUUGUUUUUCGACUUUGAGAUGUUGUAAGGCAUUGUUAGGACUUCAUUUGUGCAAAUAAAACUCUUUAUUUGAAA